CAAUUGGUUUUAGUUUCGUAUUUUUUGACCCACUUAUGAAAAAACCGAUAACUUACUUUAGAAUAAGUGGUGAGGAUGUGCCAAAUUAUCACUGUGUGGAGUAGGUGAGCUUAUCUUCAGCCACGCACUCCAGAUUUGUCUUUUUUUCAUCAUGAGCUCCAAAACUGUGAGGAGAUAUUAGCAGUCAGUGCUUUGGUAAAAUAUACGUACAUUUUUUUAAACUUAACUAAAUAAUUAAAUUUGUCAAGGUCCUCAGAUAACUGCACAGACUUAUUUAGAGAUACGAAACCUUCCUCAGUCGAGACAUUGUUGGGCAUAGAUGAUAUAAUCUGUGAAGCACUUUGAGUUACUGUGUGUCGAUCCUGCUAUGUGGAAAUUUUAAAAGACUGUUAAGCAGGGUUGUGAUCUGAAAGUCCUAUGUCUUCGCUGAAACACGCCGCUAUCGUUUGCAAGAGACAGGAAUUCUAAUAUCGGAAUUCUGCCGGAAAGUUCAAUUUGUUUUGGUCUGUCCUGAGCGUUUUUUGAAAAGGCUUUUAUAUAGACGUAUCUCGGAGGAUGUCAAUUCCACGAUUGAAGACUGAGCAGGAGGAGGGUCCCUCUUUUAUGGGCAUUUUCAAUGAAGCUGCUGUUGUUACUACUUCAGAGCCAUCUGCUCCCAUUGCAAGGGAUAUUUUGAAGAGAGGAGGGAACGCAGUUGACGCAAUGAUAGCGGCCACCCUUUGCGAUGGUGUGGUCUGCCCUCAGAGCACAGGGCUGGGCGGUGGUUUCGUGAUGUUGUACUACAAAAAGGCGGACAACAAAGUCUACUCAGUCGACGCCCGGGAAACAGCUCCAGGCGCGGCGUCGGAAAACAUGCACCACGGCAAUUCGGCCAUCGCAAUGAAAGGUGGUCUGUCAAUCGCUACGCCUGGUGAACUAAAAGGCCUAUGGGAAAUUUACAAAAGAUUUGGCGGAGGAAUCGAAUGGAAAGACCUCUUUGAAGAUACGAUCGAUCUCUGUAGAGAGGGUAUCCCCGUGACAAAACAUCUUGCCACUCGCGUCACAGACAGAGUUGGGGCAUGCGAUUAUGAAAAAAUUCCUCUACUAAAAGAAAUGCUGACGAAUUCUAAGACAGGGCAGUUUUUGAAAGAGGGCGACUUGAUGUUUCGACCGAAAUUAGCUGAGACUCUUAAAGUUUUGCAAAGGGAAGGCGGUGACGCACUGUAUACUGGAUCUUUGUCAAAAGACUUUGUGGAGGAUUUGCAAAAAGCCGGUAGUAUUAUAACACAGGAAGACAUGAAAAAGUACACUGUAAAAAUUGAGGAGACUCCAGUUGAAGCCCCUCUUAAAGACAGGAUGACGUUAUACUCGGUACCUCUCCCUGGAUCCGGGCCUAUUGUCGCGUAUAUUCUGUCUUUGUUGAACGGCAUGCUCCCUGGUGAUGAUCUGAACACGGACUUUGUCAAAAUUGUUGAGGCGUUCAAAUUUGGAUUCAGUCAACGCACAAGAUGUGGUGAUCCUGAUUUCGUGGAUGUCAAAGAUGUACUCGAUCUUAUGAAAGAUCCGCAACAUAUUGAGGAAACUCGGAGGAAAAUCUCGAGGCUGGAAACGUCACAAGAUCCGAAUUUCUACGGCGCGAAUUUCUCAGUAACAGCGGAUCAUGGAACAGCAAGCAGAGUAAUCGUAGCUGCCAACGGAGAUGCUGCCGUUAUGACGGGAAGCAUAAACUUGUAUUUUGGAAGCUGCGUCAUGUCGCCGUCUACUGGUAUCAUACUGAAUGACCACAUGGGGGAUUUCACUGCUCCGUCACUGGUCGACUACCGAAACUUGCCCUCGGCACCGGCCAACUUCAUUCGUCCGUACAAGCGCCCCGUGACCUCGAUGAGUCCGAUCAUAGUUCUCGACGAGAAUAGAGAUGUGCGGCUUGCGGUUGGAGCAGCCGGAGGCGCACGUAUUCCCACCGUUACAGCUCUGGUUUACAUCAUGAACCUUUGGUACAACAAAACUAUCAAAGAAGCCGUCGAUUACCCGCGAGUUCAUCACCAACUUACUCCCAUGCGCGCCACCUCCGAAUUCGGUCUUAAAAGGAGUGUGGUAGAAGCUUUGAGAAAAGCAGGUCAUAAGCUUGAGAUGACUAAACGCGGGUUUUAUUAUUCGGCCAUAACCGCAAUCGCCAAAAGUGGUGGAAAGAUGACGGCUGCUAACGACUUCCGGAGACCAGGAGGCCUGGCUGGUUACUAAAUACAUUUAAAAAAUCGUAAUGCAAGAAAGAAAUCGUAAUAAUACAGUAAAAAAUGAACCAUUAUCCCGGAUGGAUCUGAAUCAGGCAGAAAUAUAAUAAAGAACCGAUUUCU